AUGGCAAAUGGAGGCCCCCAAGACCCGAAGUCAACAUAUGCUCGCAGCCCUGACGUGGAUCCUAUUUUACAAAAUCGACUUGUUGGAAUCGCAGACGCCUAUCCUGGCAAUCCCAUUGUCAAAUGGCUUGUCGUACCAUUUGCUCGACACCCUUUCAACGGUCAUGGUAUUGCUAUUUGGCCCGCUUAUUACAUGCAGCUUUGGCAAUAA